AGCGGGAACGUCAUCCCGUUUCGCGAUCCGAAGGUGCGGUGGUCGCAUUUCAACCGCGGACCAUUCAUUGCCCAGAUACUCCGUACAUUCUUAUCUUAUUUGUUCGGUCUUUGCCUCUCUCCCUCUCUUCUUUCCUUGCACUUUUCCAUUGACCCAUUCGAAGCUCGUGGCGGUUGGGUUUAGUAGGGAAUACGAAGCCGUCUACUACAACUGAAAUUGUACAAACCUCACGCAGUCGCCAUCAUGCCUCGGCUCCUCCACGUCAAAAAGAUUGACGGCAAGCCCGGCGAGGUUUACUACCCGCUGCAGCUCAAGGACGUCCCCAAGCCGCAGCCCGGUCCCGGCGAGGUCCUCGUCCGCCUCACCGCCGCUGCCCUCAACCACCGCGACCUCUUCAUCCGCCACCACCAGUACCCCGCCAUCUCCUUCUCGGCGCCCAUGCUCGCCGACGGGUGCGGCGUCGUCGAGCAGCUCGGCCCUGGCGUCGACGCCUCCCGCUUCCCCCGCCGCAACGCCGGCAGCGCAGCCUCCGUUGUCCUCACGCCCAUGCGCGGCUGGGCCGCCGACCUGGCCGGCCCCGAGCCCGGCUCCAUCUUCAGCGUCACCGGCAGCAGCCGCCUCACUGACGUCGGCACCGCGCAGGACUACAUCGUCGUCCCCGCCGACGAGCUCGAGCCCGCGCCCCCGCACCUCUCCCCCGUCCAGGCCGCCGCCUUGCCCCUCGUCGGCCUGACCGCCUGGCGCGCCCUCGUCACCAAGGCCGGCUGCAGCCCGGGCGACCCCGCCACGCCCGGCAAGAACGUCCUCGUCACGGGCAUCGGCGGCGGCGUGGCGCUGCAGGCCCUGCAGUUCGCCGUCGCCCUCGGCUGCAACGUCUACGUCACCUCCGGGGACCGCGCCAAGAUCGACCGCGCGAGGGGGCUCGGCGCCCGCGGCGGCGUCGUCUACAGGGACGACGACUGGGACAAGCAGCUCGCCGGCCUGCUGCCCCGCGACAGGCCGUACCUGGACGCCGUCAUCGACGGCGCCGGCGGCAAGGUCGUCGCCAAGACGGUCCGGCUGCUGCGCACGGGGGGCGUCAUCUCGCAGUACGGCAUGACAGUCGCGCCCAAGAUGGACUGGUCGAUGCAGGCCGUGCUGGCCAACGUGGACCUCAAGGGCUCCACCAUGGGCUCACGGAAGGAGUUUGGCGAAAUGAUCAAGUUUGUGACGGAGAAGAAGAUUACGCCCGUCAUAAGCAGGACGGUCAAGGGGCUGGACAACCUCGACGGCAUCGACAGUCUGUUUGCAGACAUGGAGGCCGGGCGGCAGUUUGGCAAACUCGUGAUUGAGAUUGACACUGGGGAUGUAUCUUCGUCAAAGCUGUAAGUUAAACAACGUGGCAUAGAAUACACACACACACACACACAAGACAAUGUCUGUGUUUGUAUUUGGUC